UCGUUGGAAAUCCACCCUGAAGGGGCUAAAGUCAAUAUAAUAUUUGUUUGUCGUGGCAGGCGUCGUUCUGAGUUUGGAAGUGCACGGAAUACAUUAUGGAAUAAUAAUUUCAAUAACUCCGUGAUUUUUACACUUGUGUUAUUUUAUAUCGCUUGGACAUUCAGCCCUUCGAAAAUCUCAUCAAGACUCAAGAGAUUCAAGACUCAGUUGGUUUUAUUUUUUAGAUCCAAUAAUGUUGGUGGAAGAAUGACGGAUAAUUAAUACUGAGGGGACCAACUGAAAUGACAUGUAUUUUGCCGGUAGACGAAUUAAGCACCCAUUGAGUCCUUCACCACUACCACUCCUGGUCGACUUCGGUGAAUGGUAUCCCCGCCUGGAAAAGAGCACCGUUUCCCAAGCAAUGUUGACAGAAGGGGGCAAGCACCCCUUCCGUUGGCUGCCGUCCCUCCAGCACAUGGCCUGUGUGAAAAUAAUCGAGACCCUGUGGAGGAAUUUUGAGGACAAGGACCUGGUAAUAACAGCCUGCGAGAAAACAUGCGUAAACUAUACAUACGCAGGCUGGACACCCCGUGGUGCUUCCAUAAUCAACAAGAUUGGUGGUACUGUGGACGAACUGUCCCUCCCUAAAUCGAUAAAAAUCUCGUUGAAGAGCUUUCUUCUGCCAAUGGUGGCUAGGGCCACGAAGUGGCUGGUGGAAACUGGAACUGACGUUGCUCUGAGACCGAGAGAGGACUGGCUCGAGAUCAUAACCUAUCUUGUAAACAACUUCUGCUGGUCCAACUUUGGUUACGUUGAUGGUGGAAAAAUGUUCAAGGCCUACGUUGCGAACAAAGAGACCAUUGACUUUGGAAUUUGGGAGCAGCUGUGUUUCUACUGCGUCGAGGAUGAUAUCAUCAGAUUUGCCAAGACCAUUGACUGGGACAAUUGUAGAGAAUUCUAUCGUUCGCAUUAUCCAAUCUAUUGGUACUGGAAGAUUUAUGGAAAAUUUCCCACAGAGGAAAUGUUCAUAUCGCCAUUUUAUCUUGACUUCAAGAAUCUCCUCGAUCAGGGGUUCUACGACAAGGAGAAUAUCCUAGGGACCAUGUUCAAGUACAGCGUCAGCUGGGAAUUACGUCUCGAUCAGAUGGAGAGGACGUACAUAUCAGCGAUGAAGUACUUCUGGAAUUGUGUCAAAGAUGAUGCAAGGGUGGCUCAGUUUAUAUUAGAAGCGCUCUGUGGCCAACCGUCCACUGAGGGCUCGGUCUACUUGUUGACGGUUAUGCAGGAAGAGACUUUACUUGAUGGCAUCAUUACCACGUUUAAAAUUCAUAAUCGCACGCACUUGCUCCGGUGGCCUUGGAUUCUCUUCAUUGAUGAUUGGAUACGAGCCUUCGAGGUCGUUGACGCAUCCUUCUUCCUGAGAUUUUUCAGUAAUAUGGAGACAAAGAAGAGGGAUAAUGAGGGCUUCAAUGAGAAGACACUGUAUGAACCUUUUCUCAAGGUCUGGAGAAUCUUCCAUGAUAGAUUUUCUUCUGAGGAUGAGAUUGUCAAUCAGGCGUUUUGGAGGAUUCUAGAGCGAAAAGAUUAUAUUCUCUGCAGGAUCAUGCUCGACGGAAUGGCGAUCCAUUUAAAGGAAAAUUUUCUUUACUGCCUGAAGGAUUAUGCGAAGUUCAAAUCUCAUAGUAAAUUUUGUCUUCAAUUCACUGAGCAAGUUAUGAAUGAAAUUGACGAGAAUGAGUUCAUGUGAAGGCUCAUAUGAAACUGUGUUUUAAAUAAUUAUCUCCUUUUUGUGAUAAUUGUAGAUAAUUUUGAAAAUUUUCCGUACAAUUCGAAUAGAAUUGUAUUUUUUUUAUGGUGUUUCAAGUACUUUGGAUAAUAAAUCUGAUUUAGUUGAGAUACAAAAA